AUGGUCCAGGAGACCCAAGACUCGCUCUCCGACGAUGCUCUUCUCCCCCUUAAGUCCUACAAGUACUCGAGUGUCGACAAGUCAUUUAUUUCCAACUACAUUUUGAGACAUUAUUGGAAUGCAUUUGUCGAACUGGUACCGAUGUGGAUGGCCCCCAACAUGGUGACUCUGCUUGGAUUCGUGUGGAUUGUCGCCAAUGUGUUCUUGAUUGAAUUGGCUGUCCCUGAUAUGGUGGGACCUGGUCCCGGAUGGAUUUACUUCAGCUUCGCUCUUGGCAUGUGGAUGUAUUCUACCCUCGACAAUGUCGACGGCAAGCAGGCACGUCGCACUGGAACAUCCAGCGGACUCGGAGAACUUUUUGAUCACGGAAUCGAUUCUCUGAACUGCACCAUGGCUAGUUUGCUUUCGACCGCCGCAAUGGGCUUCGGAUCUACUUACCUCGGUGCUUGGACUGCUCUUGUUCCUUGCCUAGCCAUGUAUUUCUCUACGUGGGAGACUUUCCAUACUCACACCCUUUAUCUCGGCUACUUCAACGGCCCAACUGAGGGCCUGUUGAUCGCCAUCAGCAUUAUGAUGGCUUCGGGAAUUUGGGGACCCGGCAUUUGGUCGCAACCCAUCACUGACCUCAUCAACUGGCCGCAGGUGUUUGGUACCAACUCUAUCAAGGACCUGUGGGUGCCCAUUUUGCUGGUCGGCUUCUUCCUCGGCCACCUUCCCGGGUGUGUCAUGAACGUCGCUGCUGCUCGCAAGAAGCAGGGCCUGCCGUUCACCCCGCUGCUCAAGGAAUGGAUCCCCAUGGCUGUCUUCACUGGCUGCAACAUGGCUUGGCUGUUCUCUCCGUACUCGACUAUCCUGUCUGGCAACCACCUUGUCCUGUUCUGCUGGGUCCUCGCCUUUGUCUUCGGCCGUAUGACCACAAUGAUCAUUCUGGCCCACUUGAUCAGACAACCUUUCCCUUGUUGGACCAUUCUCCUGGCCCCGCUGGUCGUCGGCUCCGUUCUCAUUAACCUUCCCAUUCUCGGCUUCCCGGUCAUUGCCCCUUGGUUGGAGCUUCUCUACGUCUGGGUUUACCUUGCCUUUGCUUUUGUCAUUUAUAUGCACUGGGCUGUGUUGGUUAUCAACCGCAUCACUACCUUCCUGGGCAUCAACUGCCUUACCAUCCGCAAGGACCGUGGUCCUGCUCGUGACCGGGCCUACCGCAACCUUGCCGGUGAAACUCAACUCGAUGACCCCCGUGCUUCGACCGACACCUCCAAGACCCAUUAG